GAGAGCGAGGGAGAGAGAGAGAGAGAGAGAGAGAGAGAGAGGAAGCGGGAUAUAAACACCAGCGGGGAGUAUGUCACGCGCCGAGGGACGCUUUAACCACCGGCGCACCGCGGCCCGUGCAUAUCCACCGGCUCUGCUUUAAUUCAGCAGACACACAUCGCCCCGUUCACCACUUAUGCUCUGCUGAAAUCGUCCCCGCCGCGGCUGCUUCUGGUCCAUCCCCGUCCCCUCCUCCUCCUCCUCCUCCUCCUCACUCUGUCCUCCCCUCCCCUUUCCUCCUCCUCCUCCUCCUGCUCUUCACCGUCCCGUCGCCAGGAUGGACAAGUCGCCCUGCAGUCCGCACCCCGUGGCCAACGCGACCAACUCGUCCCCGUCGGACCGAGGGAGUUCGUCAUCGACGAGGAAGCCCGUGAGGAGCGGGUCGCACAGCCCCGGCUCCAGCUCCCUGGGCGGCCCGGCCGGAGGAGGAGGAGGCAGCAGCCGGGGAUCUGCGCUGUGGAACAGCAUGAAUUUGCAGCAGCCGCGCAAGAAGCAGCUGGAAGGAGUGCUGAGCAAAUACACCAACCUGCUCCAGGGCUGGCAGAACAGGUACUUUGUGUUGGAUCCAGAGCUGGGACAGCUGCAGUACUUUGUCAACGAUCAGGGGAAGAGCCAGAAGCCCCGCGGGUCCCUGCCCCUGAUCGGUGCCUCCGUAACCCCGAGCGACGAGGCUCCGCACAUGUUCGUUGUAAACUCUGUCAACGGAGAGCUGUACAAACUCCGAGCCUCCGAUGCCAAGGAGCAGCAGUUUUGGAUCAGUCAGCUCCAAGCGUGUGCCAGACGCCACUCUGACAGCAGUGCCAAGGUGAGGAAGCUGAAGGGCUCCGAUGAACACUUGAGUGUGGAAAGAGCAGGAGGAGGCCACGAGGUGCUGGGCUCCUCAUCCUCUGGUCGGACCCGUAGCUUCUCCCUCCUCCCCCACCUAACCCCAUCUUCAUCCCCGGGUUCUCAGAGGCACCUGAGCCACGUGGCCUCACCCAGCAACAUCGUCACCAUCACCCACCACAAAUCUCCGGCUGCUGCUCGGCGGGCCAAGAAUCUGUACCCGGGACGGCUACUGGAGGUCAAAGAGGUGAUGUCCCAAGCAGAGGGUCAGCAGAAGAACUUGGUCCAGUCCAUUGACUCUCUGCCCACCAGAGGCCCUCUCUCCUGUCUGGACCAGGACCUGCUGCUGCUCAAAGCCACGUCGGCCGCCACACUCAGCUGCCUGGGAGAGUGCCUGAACAUCCUCCAGCAGACCCAGAGCCACAGCCAGGGACCACCUCAGUCCCACGUCUCCCAGUGCGACUACGCCGCUCAUGGAGCCCCCUCCGAUGGUGUUCCUGUGUGGACUGUACCAAAGUCGCCCUCGGGGGAGCAGUUGAAGAACGGAGGUCUGACUCCUCUACGCUCAGCCGAGCUCUCGCCGGCCUUCAGGAGAAGGAGCCUGUCCCCUGGUGCUGAGCACCACCAAGGGCUGGAAGACAUCAACCCCACUGAAGAGGUGACAGACACGGAGGAUAACGAAGAAGAGGACCUGGGGGUCCUGGACGACCAGCGGAGCAUCAUUCUUCACCUGCUCUCCCAGCUCAAACUGGGCAUGGACCUCACGCGGGUGGUGUUGCCGACCUUCAUUUUGGAAAAGCGAUCACUGCUGGAGAUGUACGCCAACUUCAUGGCCCACCCUGACAUGUUCCUGUCAAUCACAGCGGGGGCCACAGCCGAGGACCGGAUAGUCCGUUUUGUCGAGUACUACCUGACCGCCUUCCACGAGGGGCGGAAGGGGGCUGUGGCCAAGAAGCCCUACAACCCCGUGCUGGGGGAGACCUUCCACUGUUCCUGGGAAGUGCCUCGGGACAAAGUCAAGCCUCUGGUCAGAUCCAACCAGGGGUCCUCUUGGGAGCCGAGCAGGGGCCCCAACACCACGCAGCAGGGCGACGAAGAGUCACCGGGAGACUGCUACAGAGUGCGAUUUGUGGCCGAGCAGGUGUCCCAUCAUCCACCGGUGUCCGGGUUUUACUGCGAGUGCAGGGAGAAGGGCAUGUGCGUCAACGCCCAAGUAUGGACCAAGAGCAAGUUCAUGGGAAUGUCUAUAGGAGUGUCCAUGGUGGGAGAAGGGGUACUUAGCCUCCUGGAGCACGACGAGGAGUACGUCUUCACGCUGCCUUGCGCCUACGCCCGCUCCAUCCUCACUGUGCCCUGGGUGGAGCUGGGGGGCAAAGUCUCCAUCAACUGUGUCAAGAGCGGCUACUCCGCCUCCGUCACCUUUCACACCAAGCCGUUCUAUGGAGGGAAGGUACACAGAGUGACGGCAGAGGUCAAACACAACCCCACCAACACCAUCGUGUGCAAGGCGCAGGGCGAGUGGAACGGCACGCUGGAGUUCACGUACAGCAGCGGGGAAACCAAAGUGAUCGACACGGCCAAACUGCCGGUCACCAGGAAGAAGCUGCGGCCGGUGGAGAAACAGGGGAGGACAGAGUCCAGGCGGUUAUGGCAACACGUCACCAAGUCGCUGAAGGAAGGGAACAUCGACGAGGCCACGGAGCACAAACACCGACUGGAGGAGCGACAGAGAGGGGAGGAGAGGCAGAGGGCAGCGGAUGAUGAACCCUGGACACCCAAAUACUUCACUAAAGAGGGAGACAGUUGGAUCUACAACAGCCCACUGUGGAAGUCCACCUGACGGCAGGACAACGCUCUCUUCUGAUGGACAAUAACGGAGAGCGGUCCCUCCUCUCCACACUGAGGUCAGAGGUCAGGCAAAAGGAGCCGAGUCCUCGAGAGACCUUCAGCCCUGAAGCUCCAGACUCACGAGAGAGAAACUCCGCAGACACAAACAGGAACCGAGCAAGGUGCCAAAGCGACCUCCGCCCUUAGAACCAAGGUGGAGGUCGCAGCUCUGGGGACAGAAGUACAUUUUUAUAUAAAGUUAAGAGUAUUACUAUUCAAAAGUAGAGUAUUUCUAUUUUUCACCUUGCCAAGGCCUUUUUUGCACACGCACUGUAAUGAAGUUUGCCACUGGUGUUUUACUUUGUAUUUCUUUUUUUUAAUAUAAUCGAUACGUUUCCUCAGACAUCGUCAACGUUUGGAUCGAAGCUUUUAGUUUGUAAUGCAGCGUUAGAAUGUGUGUACAUGAUACUGUAGCUGUAAACGAGUGUUUUAUAAAGCACUUUUACCAUAGAAAUAAAUUAAAUCAUUUGUAUUUAAGGCUUCAGUGGGGUCUCUGUAAGAGCUUUACAGGAAGUAAGAACACGUACAAAGAUUUAAAAUGACAUACAUCAAGAGUUAAACAAAUCUACUACAUUAGAUUGUGUUCAUAUAUUAUUAUUCAGUAUGUUACAAUGAUUUACUAGAAGGUAAAGGUCCUGAUUGUUUUGUCUGCACAAUGAAUGUAUCUGGGCACAUUUUAAUAGUAUGCCCAUUUUCCAUCUUGUGCUGUUACACGUGCUUGUCCUUUUUAUUUUGGCAAGUCGCUCCGUUUAAAGCAUCACGCCCAUCAAGUGAGACGCCUCUGCAUAUCAGACGCUUUCCAUUACUACCUCUCUUAUUCAGCUGCUCAAGCCGUUAGUCACUUUUUCUUUUCUAUUUUGUCCGUAAAAAGAAAACACUGGUUUGUUUGUUGUAACAUCCCUCCCAGGUCGUCUAAUUUUCUUCUUUUUUACAUUUUUUUUAUCUGUGCCUCCAAGAUGGCACUUGUGCAAUUAGGCAGCGCGUGCCUCCCGAAGUUAAUACUUCACCUUUUGGUCGCCCGUAGUGAUGAAUAUGGAUGAGGCGGCUUGCAGAAACACACAAUCCUGUUCUCCCAUCUGGAGUUCGCUGGAAGGUUGCCCGAGUGAAGAUGAGCGGAUAAUCUAGCAGAAUAAACACUGGGAACUGGCUGGAGAGACAAUAUGUAUUUGGGUCAUAUUACUGUGGUGCUUCAAUGUUCUCAUGUUUGACAAACUACGUGGUCAAUUUCCAAACUGAAGAGUUUUUCUAAACAAACUACAGCAUAAAUUAAAUACGAGCAAUUAACCAUUUCACUUAUUCUUCGGUGACACUUAUGAUCUUUUUAUUUCCCCCCCCCCAUAUAAAUAUCUCACUGCUUUGCGUUUAGUUGCUACGUUUUUUUUGUUACAGAGUAUUAGUAUUGAAAAGCCAGGUGAAUUUACCAGAUGCCUAUUUGUAGCGUAUGUCAUGACAGUAGAGAACAAACCUGCAACCAUUUAGAAAUACUGUUUUAUGACUCUCCUGACAUGAAAAUAACGUUACAAAAAAAAUGAUAUAGCCAAAAGAAUCCAGACUCACUGAGGUAGAGUGAUAGCGGAUGAAGGAGGGAGUGGCCAUGAAUAAAGACCUUCUAUCUUUUGUUAA